GCGGGCGGCCCCGGCGCUGGAGCCGCCGCUGCCGGUGCCCGGGGCGGACCAGGGCAGUGCAGGUGUGUGCGGCCCCAUCCCCAUCCCUAUGGAGCGGGGGAAGAUGGCGGAGCUGGAGAGCCUGGAGACGGCGGCGGAGCACGAGCGGAUCCUGCGGGAGAUCGAGAGCACGGACACGGCCUGCAUCGGCCCCACGCUGAGGUCUGUCUAUGAUGGAGAAGAACACGGUCGCUUUAUGGAGAAACUGGAGGCACGAAUCAGGAACCAUGAUCGUGAGAUUGAGAAGAUGUGCAACUUCCAUUACCAGGGCUUUGUGGACUCCAUCACAGAGCUGCUGAAGGUUAGAGGAGAGGCUCAGAAACUGAAGAAUCAAGUGACAGACACCAACAGGAAGCUGCAGAAUGAAGGAAAAGAAUUGAUCGUGGCAAUGGAAGAGCUGAAGCAAUGCCGGUUACAGCAGCGGAAUAUCUCAGCGACGGUCGAUAAGCUCACGCUGUGUCUUCCUGUCCUGGAGAUGUACAGCAAACUGCGAGAGCAAAUGAAAUCGAAAAGGCACUACCCUGCACUGAAGACCCUGGAGCACCUCGAGCACACCUACCUGCCCCAAGUGAGCCACUACCGCUUCUGCAAGAUCAUGGUGGAUAAUAUCCCAAAGCUGCGGGAAGAGAUCAAGGAAGUUUCCAUGUCAGACCUCAAGGAUUUCCUGGAGAGUAUCCGUAAGCACUCGGACAAGAUUGGAGAGACUGCCAUGAAGCAGGCACAGCAGCAAAGAAACCUGGACAAUAUUGUAUCACAGCAUCCCAGGAUAAGUGGGGGGAAGAAGUCCAAGAAAGAAGCCUGCGCAAGCUCAGAACUGGAGGUAAAAAACACUAGCCCCAUGUCUGAGCAAGAUUCGGGUAUCCUGGAUGUUGAAGAUGAGGAUGAGGAUGAAGAGGUACCUGGAGCCCAGGACCUGGUGGACUUCUCACCUGUGUACCGAUGUCUGCACAUAUACUCUGUCCUGGGUGCUCGAGAAACCUUUGAGAACUACUACAGGAAACAGAGAAGAAAACAAGCCAGAUUGGUCCUGCAGCCUCCUUCGAACAUGCACGAAACGUUAGACGGCUACAGGAAGUAUUUUAAUCAAAUUGUAGGGUUUUUUGUAGUUGAAGAUCACAUCUUGCAUACAACGCAGGGCUUGGUAAAUAGAGCCUAUAUUGAUGAGCUGUGGGAGAUGGCGUUAUCAAAAACUAUUGCAGCACUAAGAACACAUUCAUCCUACUGCUCGGACCCAAGCCUGGUGUUAGACUUGAAGAACCUCAUCGUCCUCUUUGCAGAUACACUGCAGGGAUACGGCUUCCCAGUGAACCAGCUCUUUGACAUGCUGCUGGAGAUCCAAGACCAGUAUAGUGAAACCCUGCUGAAGAAAUGGUCAGGAGUGUUCAGAAACAUACUUGAUUCAGAUAACUACAGCCCCAUCCCAGUGACGAAUGAAGACGUUUAUAAGAAAAUAGUUGGACAGUUCCCAUUCCAGGAUGCAGAGCUUGAAAAGCAACCGUUUCCAAAGAAGUUCCCCUUUUCUGAGUUUGUGCCUAAAGUUUACAAUCAGAUUAAGGAAUUCAUCUACGCCUGCCUGAAGUUUUCGGAAGACCUUCAUCUGAGCUCCACGGAAGUCGAUGACAUGAUCAGAAAAUCCACAAACCUGCUGCUGACCCGAACACUGAGCAACUGUUUACAGAACGUCAUCAAGAGGAAAAACGUUGGGCUGACGGAGCUUGUACAGAUUAUCAUAAAUACGACCCAUUUGGAGAAAUCCUGCAAGUUCCUAGAGGAAUUCAUAACCAAUAUCACUAAUGUACUUCCAGAAACUGUCCACACUACGAAACUCUAUGGGACCACAACCUUCAAGGACGCCCGCCAUGCUGCUGAGGAGGAGAUUUACACCAACCUGAACCAGAAGAUAGACCAGUUCUUGCAGCUGGCAGACUACGAUUGGAUGGCCAUGGAGCCGGGCAGCAAGGCCAGUGACUACCUUGUAGACCUCAUUGGCUUUCUACGCAGCACGUUUGCGGUGUUCACCCACCUCCCGGGCAAGGUGGCACAGACGGCAUGCAUGUCGGCAUGCAAGCACCUCUCCACCUCACUGAUGCAGCUACUGCUGGAGGCUGAAGUACGGCAGCUGACACUGGGCGCCCUGCAGCAGUUCAACCUGGACGUGGAGGAGUGUGAACAGUUUGCCAGAUCCGGCCCAGUGCCUGGGUUCCAAGGGGACACGCUGCAGUUGGCCUUCAUCGACUUGAGACAACUCUUAGAUCUGUUCAUCCAGUGGGACUGGUCGACGUAUUUGGCUGACUACGGGCAACCCACAUGCAAGUAUCUUCGUGUGAACCCAACAACAGCCCUUGUCCUGCUGGAAAAGAUGAAGGACACAAGCAGAAAAAACAACGUUUUUGCCCAGUUUCGGAAGAACGAGAGGGACAAGCAGAAGCUGAUCGACACCGUGGCCAAGCAGCUCCGCAGCCUCAUCAACAGCCAUCACUCAUGAGUGACCUGGGGACCUCCUGCCCACGCCGGUCCCUGCACCGCAGCCUUCCACAUGCCUGGACUUGGGAUUCUUGUUCAAAGAGAAUAUAUGUAUUUUUUUAUUCACCUGUAUAGUAUCCAUGAAACCCACCCUACAAAAUGGUCCUUGUUAAACAAUCCCGGGGCAGACAGGCAGCACUGCUCGUGGAGGUGGUGUCAGGAGUCUCCUGUUAUAAACUCCUAUUUUCAGGGGUUUAUAAAGUGAUGGCACAUCCUGAAGCCUGAGAGACAAGUUCGCACCCAGACUGUUUUCCUUUUGUUCUUUUUUAUAGAAGCCAAAUUGAAAGAACCAUUCUGACUUCCUUUUGUUAACUUAUUCAGUCGCAGAACAAACGAAAACAAGAAAUAUAGGGAGGAGCUGUGGUUUCAGGUUCUCCUCAUGGGCUCCGGUAAAAGGAGCACGUUUAGAAAGAGGGUCACCCAUUAGUGUGUCUUGCCAGCUUGUGUAUUGGGUUUAGGGAAAGAGGCAAACUGAUUUCCCAACUUUUCUCCUCUCUUUUUGUCCUCCAAGGUCUGGUUUCUACCUUAUGCUGGAGCUGCAUCCCUCUAUGUAAUCAGUGUAGCCACCCCCUGAGCUCCACCUCUAGGACUUGCCAGUGUCUUUUGGACCUGCAUUGAAUGCAGAAAGGCUUUGAGAUCUGCCUCCUUCGUUAGAUUUGGAAAGGGAGAUCCAGAAGGUAAUCUGGCAGGGUGUCCUGCAGCACUGGUCUGGUGCUGCUCGCAUCCAGCACAUUUGGGUUGCAGGAAAGGAGUGAUGCUCAGCAGGGACAGUGCAAAGGCCAAUGGGGCUCUCCCCAUGUCCAGGGCACUCCAUUCAGGGAUUUUUUCCUCUCUUUGCACCUCUUUUUCAUGCUGCUGUCCUUUCUUCCCUCUCCUCCUGACACAGUGCAAUGGGGUGAAGUCCCUCUGCUUCCCACAAGCACUCUGGUUUGUGGCCAUGCAAGGAGCAGUCCUGGAAACUCACCAGUAGCCAGGACACCAAGCAGGAACCUCUUGGAGGUCCCCAAAGCAGAGAUGCAGUAGGAGAUACCCCAUGGAGCAGCAUCACUCACUUCUCCCCAGCUCAGAAGUGCCUAUGGACAAAAUCCCUCUCUGUUCUGAAGGUGCCCAAACGUCCUCCACUCAAAUCAAGACAGCCUUUGAGGAGGAUGGUAUCAUUACCAACAGGACUUUAAUCCCAGGGUUCAGGUUACAGAGAGAGGGGACUUUAGCCCUUAUCUUCUCAUUACCCUUUUGACUCUAAUUACUGCAGGUGAAAGCUUAUCCUGAGCCGCUUUUCCCACCUCCCAAAUGAUGUUAAAGGGAACUAAAUCAUCCUGGUGGAUGUCACAGCCCUGCAAGUGCUGCUUCAGUGAGGUGUGAGCUGUGCCUGUUUCCUGCCCUUGUUUGAAGGCAGUGGGUGCUCAGCCCUCAAACCCUUCUGGUUUUGCUUUGCUGACCUGUGGAACAAGGUUCCUUCUCCUUCCCCUCCCUCAGCACAUAGUCCUGAAGCUAUGGAGGAGCAGAACUUGUCCAAACAUCCCUAUAUGGCAUUUGGAGAGGGCAGCAGCGCUUCUUGGUGCAUUCAGUCCCUUGCUGACCACAUGCACCUUUUGCUGUGUGUUUCUUAUAUGGGGAGCAAGUCCAACACUCCAGUUCUGGAUGCACAAAGGGGAUGGUGCUUUAUCUUCCCUCCUUGUUCCUCAGCAAUACCUUUUUGUUGUUUUCUUUUUGAUAAGGGUACAUGUUACUUAACCCUGGAAGUAAAUGGGAAUGUUGUCAGCAAUGACCUUCCAGAGCUGUUGUCCUGUCCCAGCAGUCUCCAGCCAUGAGGAACAAGGGAUUAUUUUCAUUAGUAAGAGGGAAGAACCAAACCUGGCCUUACGGUUCCUUGUUUUUAGGAGGUGAUCAGACUUUACUUUCUUCUUAACACCUCUUUCAAGUACGUGUAAGAAGGAUGGAGGAAAAAAGAAGCAGCUGAAAGUUGGUGUUAGUGUGGCCAGAAAUGGAAUCAUCUUCAUAGACACAUCUACAUAUGACCCAGCAAAGGCUUUCAGGGGGACAAGUGGAAUGAACCCAGUCCAUUCUCUGCUGGCAACCUCUUUCCUGUACUCCAAAGUGCUGGAUCAGAGCAUGAACCAGACUGUGGGCUUGACCUAUGAGUCCCAGAGCAUCCCAGCUCAAGCUUGGCAUCCCAAAUCCCACACAACCAAGAAGGAAAUAUUGCCUGGCUUUUUAGACUCCAAUGGAAGAGGAAGCUCUUCCUUGCCAAAUUGCUGGGGGAAGGAAGCAGACAGGUUCUUAUGGUCAUGGCAGUAAUAGGAGAGCUCUCAGCCCUACAACCAAGGCUUGUCCCACAAGCUGCAGGACCAUGGGACACUUCUGUUCUCCCUCCCCAUCCCACAGUGCCACCAUGGGAGAGACAUGGGGACAAGAGUGUGAAGGAGGUGCAAAAGCAGAUGGAAUCGGCUGGUUCAAGCACCAGCCCUGAGCUCCUACCCAGAGGAUGGAGACCAAACCAAAAUCCCAGCUACCCAAUGGUGACAGUACCAGUGGAAGCUUCAACUCACAGGGCACUUCAGUUAAGGGCCAUUAAACAGUAACAAGCACUUUAAUAUCCUUCAGAAUUAAGCUGCUAUGGAUGCUGGCAUCACUGAGCAUCAGCAUGACAGAUAAGGCACUCUGGCAUUCCCAGGUGUUAUUAGUGGGAGGAUAGACUGUCAAACACAGGUUUUAAUCACUUUUGUCAGCUGCUGCCUUUGCUGACAGUGGAGGCAGGGGCUUUGCAGCCUGGAUGGUUUUUCUCUCCUCUGUAUUAGGUGUGGGAUGAAGUGAGGAGGACAAGCAUCACCUCUGGUCCCUGAAACAGGGCAAAGGGGCUUUGUGCUGCCACUGCCUUGAAACUCCAUUCUUUCCCCCCAAAGGUUGACCCCUAAAUUGCAUUGCACAAGGUAAUGCAAUAGGUAAUGGUAUUAGGUAGUGCACAAAACCCCAAAGCAUAAAAACCCCAAAGCAGCCAAGUCUUGGGCCAAGACCUUUUAUCUGAUGGUGCAGACAUCACCCAGCCUUCCCCAUCCCACAUCUGCGCUCCGUGUCCCAUCUCCACCAAGCUCCAGUUGAAAGAGGAGCGACCCAGCAUUGCCGUGCCUGACGGGGAUGGAUUUCCUGUCAGCUCUGCUUGGAGAGGCCGGGAUUGGGAUCCUACAAACUGGCUUCUGGCGCUCAGGACUUGCUGCUGGGAAAGUCAAGCUCGGCCAAGGGAGAGAUGCAGUGAGUUUCUGAUUUCGGGAGGUCAAGCGCCUAACCGCAAGUCACAGCCUGGGAUGAAAAAUGGCAUUUUGGUGCUCUGGUCCUAAUUAACUUUUUGUUCUGAGAGAUGCAGUCCCAUCCCUUCAAAAUACAAUUAAUCUUUUAAACAGAUUGCUUCAAAAGCCCUGGAAGACGUUUCAAAUCCCCUCUAAAUCUCUUACUAAUGAUUGGUAUCCUCCGAUACGGAUGGUAUUGCUUAGGAGGGGAAGGUUGUUGCUAUAAAUUUACAAGGGGGGUAAGAAACAGAGGCAGAACCCGCUGCUAUGAUUGAAGAUUUCCAGCCCCCAAACCCAAUAAUGCUGCUAUUAACACCUCCUGGAUGUACUUUGAACCUUCUGUAGGGCUUUUGUGUGCAGUGGCUGUAGAAAAGAUCAGUUUCUCCCCCACCUUUUCCCCGACCCAGCAAACAUAACUCAGCACCAAUGGGGAAAAAAGAAGGAAAUAACACAAAAAGGCCAGUUUUGGCUUCCUGAGGAGUAUCUGCACAUCUUAUCUUCUUUAUAAGUCUUCAGGGGUGGGGAAUAGUGUUAUAGAAGGUCUCUAAAGUGCUAACGUGCAGCCCAAACCAGACCUGUCCACUAGGGGAAUGGCCUCUGUUAAGUACCAAUGUAUAAGAGAGAGAGGAGGAGAUAUUGUCUGGGCUUUAUUUUAUUCAUUUCAUGUCAUUUUUAUUCCUAGGGCUGGAGUUCAAGUCAGAUGCUCUUGGCAAUUUUGCACUUUGUUCUAUGUCCAACUGCAGCUCCAGGCUCUGAUGGGGAUCGGGAGGGAGAAACUGGCUGAUGCUUUAUUCAAGGGGCUGGUUUGGUUUUUCUUUCCUUCAAAAUUGGCUGCUUUUGUGCUGCUAUGAGAAAGGGAUGUUUGGGCAGAAGACGUUGGUGUUUGCUGGCCCCAAACUGGUUGGAGGAUGCUGGGAGGCAGAGAUGGAGCCAUGGCCACUCCGAUGGCAUCAGCUGCUGUUGGCACCUCCUGCAUUGAAGCUGGUUUUAGGGUAAAAUGAAUUACCCAGUCCCAAAGUAGGGAUGAUGGGAAGGGGCAGGUGAGGGAGGUUUGUGGUGGGUGUCCCUCCAGCAUCCCUUCAAACCAGUGUUCAAACCCCAGGCAGAGAAAUCUUUGCCCUUGGUUGCUUCCUACCUCUCCACCACACCUCCGUUUGGCUUUUCCCUUUCAUUCUGGGUUGGGUUUGGUGCUUCUUUGGCCCAUCAAGUGGUUUGAAGCAUCAAACCCCUGCCCCAGCUGGAUGCUGUGGGGCUGUUGGGGUCUCUGUGCCCUGUUUCCUAUGGCUCCAUGGUGCCCACAGACCCCAUGUGUUUCCCCACCAGCACAAGUCGUGUUGAUCAUGCUGAUGGGAAGCUCGAUGGGAACAUGGCUCACAAAUCUCAUUGCAAAUGACUUCAAGAUGGGCCCAUCUCUGCUGUCAACUGAGUGUGUUGGAGGGGAGCAACCCAAAUACAGAGCUCUGGGUGGGAUUCACCCUGAAAACAGCGGAUGGAGAAGGGGGAGCUCAGCGCUGACCUGGGUAAUGGUUGGUUAACUUCAGUCCUAAGCUCUUGCUCUGGUCUCAAGCCCCUCUGUUCCUGAGGGAGCUUUAACCAGAGCAAGCAUCCAUCCCCCCUGCGGCUCCUCCAGUUGGGGAGCAUCACCCCAAAACCCCAACAGGCAGCUCAGGGUUGGGCUCCUUCAACCCAGUUUGCACCCAGUUGCAUUCUGCCUCAGCGUAUCCCUCUGGUUUCAGUUUGACACGACAACAUCCCCAUCCCCAUCCCUCCCACUCCACUGGCUGCUUGUGUUGCCUUUUCUCAUUCAUUUUCUUUCUGGGGGGAAAAGGACGUGAUUUUGUAAACUAAUGUGGUGAAAACAGCUUUUUUUGCACAAGUCGUUGCACAAUAAGGGGAAAGUUUAGUAAAUUAGGUUUAACUUUAAAGGGAACUUUGUUUUUUUUCCUUAAAACUCACUAGCAGAGCUACUGAAUAAAAGAAGAAAGAAAAGAGAUGGACUGAUGAAAACACGGACUGCAUGGUUUACAGGUUAAAUUGCGUUAGAAAUUAGCAUGUUGAUUUUGACUGUACAUUUAUCCUAUUGUAACUUCUAUUAAACAAUACAGCAUAUAACUGUU